AUGAAGCGUGCAUUACAAUUUACACGCAAUCUUAACUGUUGUAUAGAUGGAUAUGAAGAAUUAGCAGCUGAGCAAACUCAGUCUGAUUCUAUGCGCUGUCGUGUUAAGUGGCAGUUUUCUCACAAAUUAAAGCAAUUUGAUGAUUAUCGUUGCUUGCAUUGUGGACAAGUUUUUGGGCGCACUUUCAGCUAUAAGCGUCAUCUAUUAAGGCAUGGCGCCAAUAAAAAGAAAAAGUCUGCGGCUACAUCACCACGCAAACUGACAACAACAAAAGCAACAAUAACAACAACAGCUAUUACUACUGCAACAACGAAUAAUGUUGCUGCGUCGCAUUUAUCACAAAAAAAUGAUAGCAAUUGUGAAAUUGCAGAUUUAAAUUUUGACGAAGCAGAACGUGAAAAUAAUAAUAAUAACAUUACUCAGUUGGACUUUCGAGAAAAUGUUUUAAAAUUCGUUCUGAAUUUAUACGCUAAAUCAAACCUAACCCGCAUAGAUGUCAUAGACAUUCAAGAAUCCAUACAGAAUUUGCUAUUAACGCCAAUAUUAGCAACAUUUACUGAAAUGAUCAAUUCAAAAUUAUUAAGUAACUUGGAACUUAAGGGAGAAUUUUUGAGUGCGGUGUUCAAAUAUGUAAACAUAUUUGAGUGGUUUGUUAUUAAUGAAAAAGAAACUUUAGUUCAUCAAAAAGGCGUACUGAAAUUAAGCGGAAAAUCGUCCAAAAUGGCAAUGUUACCCUUACAUGAUACUAUGAAGAAAAUACUAGAAAAAGACAAUUAUUUGUCAGAGAUGUUGGCCGAAAUAAAGAAACUAAAAGAUAGCCAUAAUUUUACAAACAUUGUUCAAAGUUCAUUAUGGAAGAAAAAAUGUGAAUUAUAUCCUGAAAAAGUGUUAAUACCUUACUUUCUGUUUAUUGAUGAUUUAGAAUUAAAUAAUCCAUUGGGCUCUCAUGCAUCCAAAGAUUCCAUUUGUAAUGUUUAUUAUGCAUUUCCAUGCACACCAUUUCGGGAAACCAACUUAAAUAAUAUUUUCCUAGCAGCAUGUAUUAAAUCUCAAGAUUUAAAAACAUAUGGCAACAAUGUUUGUUUAAGUGCUUUGGUUGAUGAAAUGAUUCAACUGGAACUGAAAGGCAUAAAUUUAAAUACCUCGAAUCAGUCACAAUUUGUUGUAUACCCAAUUCUACUUCUUGUGUUAGGAGAUAACUUAGCUCUAAAUAGCGUUUUAGGAUUUACUAAAUCAUUUAACGGUGUCUUUUGCCGGUUUUGUAAAAUAGAUAAAAACAUGAGUAAGUUCACAAUAAGUGAAAAUUCACAUAUAUUAAGAACCAACGAAAAUUAUAAACAUGAUUUGAAUUUAUGUCAGCCAAAAUCUACUGGUAUUUUGGAGGAAUGUGUUUUUGAAAGAAUCCCUUCUUUUACUGUUAUUGAAAAUAAAGCAGUAGAUGCAAUGCAUGAUGUUUUGGAAGGACUACAGCCAUACAAUCAGUUUAUGAAAGAAAGCAGUGCUUAG